AUGUCUUAUCUGGUUUGUGGAAUGGUUGAAUACCUUAUUGAACAGAGAAAGGAGGUGGAAGCGGAUCUCAGGGCAAUAGGAUAUGAGGUUGGUGUAAAACUUCUUGAGAUAUGCAACUUUGAGAGGGAAAUCCACAUACCAACACUCCUUUAUAGAAUUACCUUUGACCUUCUUUCUUUGGUAAGUGACAGCGAUAAAAGAAUUGAAAAGGCCGAAGACGCAGACAGGACUUACCUCCUUACAGACGCCGACGGAAUCUUCUCGAGGUUCGUGUCUGUCCCAAAGGAAUGGGAGGGGUUUUCUGCAGACUCUGUUGUCUGUGGAAUGAUACAAGCUGCCCUAAUGGCUUCUGGAUACAUCUCUGAGGUUACAGCAUUUCCAAAGCCCUCUGAAAGCCUUCCAAAUAGAAUUAUCUUCCAGAUAAAGAUAUUGGAUCCAUAG